CGCCCGCCUAAUCGAGUGCACGCAACGACUUUCAGCACGGACUCGAUACCCAAGUUUGGUCCUUGGUCCUUCGACCAGCCAGUACGACUGUUCUUUCUCGCGACCGGCCAUUCCCUCUCGCAAUCGCUCUCGACUGUGUCUGCGACACGCGCAAUGUACCCGUAGUCGCCGUCUUCCUCUUCCACCGCCGUCGUCGCUGCUGCUGCCACUCGACGCUUCCCUCUCGAUCAACAACCAUGACGCGCCCCGGACUCGUGAGAGCUGACACGAUUGAUCUCCAAAACCAAGACGCUCCCACGACCCAAGACCACCACUCAACCUCCUUGCUGCCCUCCGACGUCGGUAAACAUCAGGCCGCCGAGAUUCGACAUGUCCGUGAAGAAAGACAUUCCGAGGAGGAACACUUGCAAGAUGCCUGGAGUCGCGCUCACCAAGACAUUCAAGUCAAUGAAUUGACCGACGACCAACUACAAGCACACAACCACGAAAAUGGCGACUCAACCGACGACUCUGAAAUCGACGACGACAUGCUUGACGAUCGCAUUUCUAGUUCCCCCUCUAUCGACGAUGAGGACAUUGAUUUCGACUUCGUCUACGCCCUGCACACCUUCGUGGCCACUGUUGAAGGACAAGCCAAUGCCGGAAAGGGCGAUACCAUGGUCUUGCUAGACGACAGCAAUAGCUAUUGGUGGCUUGUCAGGAUCGUCAAAGACAACAGCAUUGGCUACCUCCCCGCCGAACACAUCGAGACUCCGACAGAACGCCUGGCGCGUUUGAACAAGCACAGAAAUGUAGAUCUUUCCGCUGCAAUGCUUGGUGAUACUGCAGGUGAUUCGAAGAACCCCUUGAAAAAGGCCAUGAAACGACGAAAGGCGAAAACAGUACAAUUCACUGCACCGACCUUCGUUGAGGCCUCUGAUUACGACUAUUCGUCCGACGAGGAAGACGGUUUGAUGCCCGAACCUCUGUACGGCAAUGGCAGCCAGCAGGGUCAAGACGAAGAUGUCAAGGAUCAUGACAAGUCAGCAUCAGGAGCAGACAUUACCACAACAGUCGUCGAGGUCGCACGAGUCGAAACGCCCGACCUGGCCAGUCCUGGCAAGGAGAUCAAAGCCCCUGCCGAAGAGCCGCUGAGCAGCCCUACGCUGGUUGACAAGACAGAAGCAGCACCACUCAAAUCAUCGCGAAAAGGAACCCCACGAAACGCCGACUCGUUCCUCAAGGAUGAUGGAGCGGAACCACUCAAGAUCUCUCUCACACCCAACUUGCUUCGAGAUAACAGCAACGGAGGCCGUUCGGUAGAGACUAUUGGGUCCAGUAUGGAAGGCCUCGAAAAGACAGCCUCACCGCCAGACAAGUCUAAAGAUGACAAGAAAAAGAAGGAAAAGAAGCCUGGAAUGCUUAGCGGUCUAUUCAAGAGCAAGAAAAAGGACAAGAGGAACAAGAAUUCUGUUGACGAAGACAGUGACAUUGAGAAACUGUCUGGUGAGCUCGCCAGGCAAUCCACGUCUUCCGAUUCAAACAAGGCAUCGCCCGUCGAGCGCUCUACCCAAUUCUCGGCCUCAGAACCAAAGUCUAGGGGCAAGCUGCAGAAGCCUCAGGGUUCUGCAGUCGCUCCUAUUGCUCCCCUAAUCACCACACCCGCUCCCGCCCCGGCGCCGGCACCUGCUCCUGCCCCGGCCCCUCUCAAUACUGCUCCACGUCCGCAGCAGCAACAACAACAACAAUCUACUGUUAUGCCUGUUCAACAGCGUCAAAGAGAAGAACCACCGCAGGCAAAUUUCGUUGCUGAACUCGAAGGCUCGACUGUCGACACACCUACACACCGUGAUGUUGAGUUGCAUCAGCAACAGGCCAAAGCAGCCAACGAGACUUUACUUGGAUCCCACACACUGUCAUCAAUCACGAACAAGAUGAGACAUUCAGACUCACAAGAUCAUGUCAAGCCGAAGAAGGUCAAGAAGGCCAAGUCGCGUGUGGAACUCGACGACUUUGACGAGGUUAGUGAGGAGGAAGACCUCAAGGAGAACCCGCCACGCGAUCUUGAAGAUAGCCCGAACAACGCAUUCAUGCACGGCACUGAGAUGGUGCACAUUCCUGUUAACCUCGGCGACGAUUCUUCCUCACCCGACGAUAAUGAAGCAAAUGAAAGAGGAGACGAGGAGAGCUCAGAGCGUACCAGUUCACCGAGCAUGAUUGACACACCCAAGGCAUCUUCGGAAGGACCACGCGAAGACGGAACACAUGCCCCGAACGGCCAUGUACAAGAACCUGUAGACGAUGACCAAACACCUCUGGCAUCCAAACGUCAAUCGGCCGUGGUCAGUGGAGCCUCGACGCCCCAACAGCCACUGCCAAUGAACCCGCCAGUCCGACGUGCGCCUUCACCGCCGCAAAGAGCGAAUUCGGCCACUCCGUCGAAUGGAUCUUCGGUACGAUUAUCGCCCUCGCCCGCAUCAACACGUAGUCCUGCAUCGACUGCGGGCACUCUCAACACAUGGUCCGACGCGAGCCUGCGGGCCUGGCUCGACGGGGCCGAGAACGAUGUACGCGACAUGCUCGUCAUCAUUCACGACAAGAGCUCGGUUGUGCCCGUGACACGCGAUCAUCCACUCAUGGCGAAUCUCUUCUCCAGCGAGAGCCGCAGACUAGCAGGUUUGCAGGACGAACUCGACGGACUGCUUGGCAAUUGGCUGGCUCGAAAGAAGAGUGUAAGAGAAGUGGCCGCUACCUAGCAAAGCAACAACAGCAUAAACAUAUAAAAAGAGGUAGCCGCCUUGGUAGAAAGGGGACUAUACGCAUUUAUGGUGGGGGGUGGAUGAAAACGAGCAUGCAUGAUUAAUGGAGAACCUUGCUGGGCGUUUAAGCUGUGAUCCCUGCUGCCAGAGUUUGUUUGAUGCACUACUCUGCUAUGCGGACACACGUUUGGUUUUUUGUUGCACUUUGUCCCUUUUCUUUUGAUACCUACUAGCUGCGUUCUGGUCUUUUCAUUUUAGUUCUGAGCGUUGUAUUCAAAAUCCUUGUCUACAAGUC